AUGCACCGUAGCCUGUCUCAUCUUUAUAAACUUGCACUUUAUAUCCUUUCUAAAUUGCCUACAGAUGCCGAUUAUCGAGUUAGCGUGUUCACUGGUAACAUUCCCGGGGCCGGAACGACGGCCGAUAUUUUUGUUCAACUGACUGGCCUCCUCGGUAGCGGUCGCGAGCACUGGCUCCGACCCAGUCGUCAGAUGUUUGAUCAUUCCGGCAACUCGAUCCACGGUCGGCCGACUACCGCGAGUGCAUUGGUACAUGAUAAGCCCAGACGCAGCGAGAUUGUCGGCUCAGCUGGUGCUCUCCUUCCGUCUCAACUACUGCAGCGGCCAAUGUCUCGUCUCGGCCAGCCAGUUCCCAUCGCAUCAACCAAACCAUUUGCUUCAUCUUCACUUGUGCUUGCUAGUAGGCGUGCUCAGGCGGCGGCCCUUAAUAGACAUUGGUUCGAGCGCAACACUGUCGUCCAAGUUCGCCUCGAGGGCUGCCGACACCUCGGAGAGCUUGUAAAGCUCCGUGUAGGCCAUAAUAAUCGGGGUGAUUCGCCGUCCUGGUUCUUAGAAAAAAUUAUCGUUGACGACAUGACGAUGGGCCGAGUGUACGAAUUUCCGUGCCACCGAUGGUUAGCCAAAAAUGAGGAUGAUGGUAGUGUUACGAGAGACCUUGUUUCCAAAGUAGCCAAGCAGCCUGCACGGAAGACUGAGCAGAAAGCUGAUUUGGAAACUUCCAGUGCCAAGUUAAAAAGUAAGUCUUGCUGCAAAUUCAGCCGAGUCUCUGAAGGGAUCUGUCUUGUUAUGUGCUCUUCAUGGAUAGCAACGAAUUAA